GGCUCGCAAAUAGGGUAAGAGUGAACCUUGCCCAAUCCAUGCUUCGGAGUUGCUGGGAGCCAUCACAUGAUGACCAGGAAAACUUUUUGGACCAAUGCGAGAACUAACAUAAGAAAUAAUUUACUUCCGUCAUGGGGAGAACUUCGCAUUAUCUGAAACAAAAACAGGUUUUAAGUCAGUGGGUGGACAGGGGGACCCGAGCUCACCGAGGUUUGCCUCCGGUGGAACAUGACAUGGAUGCGAUGUGGCAGUACCAGUUUCGGAUUAUUCUGCUAGGCGAUUCUACUGUGGGCAAAUCAUCCCUUCUGAAGCGCUUUACCGACGGCAUUUUCAGUGAGGUCCAAGACCCCACCGUGGGAGUGGAUUUUUACGCUCGCGUGUUGGAAGUCGAGCCGGGUUGUAGGAUCAAACUUCAGCUAUGGGACACCGCUGGCCAAGAACGGUUCAGAUCAAUUACUCGAUCCUACUACAGGAAUUCUGUCGGGGGUCUGUUAAUGUUUGAUGUGACCAAUCGGAAGACAUUUGACAGCAUCAGGGAAUGGCUGACGGAAGUCAAUAACCAUGUCUAUCCAAACAAGACUAUCUUUGUCCUGGUUGGGCAUAAAAGUGACUUAAUGGACGAACGGAAAGUUUCCCGUGAAGAAGCUGAGAAGCUGGCAGAGGCGCUGGAUCUGAAUUACAUUGAGACAUCAGCCAAAAAUAACACCAAUGUCGACAUGGCGUUUAGGAAGUUAACAGAAUGUAUUUAUGAUUCAAUGAAAGUGGGAGAGAUUGCACUGGAGGAUGGUUGGGAUGGAGUCAAACGAGGAUUUAAUCCACGAGUACUAGAACGGCCAAAGGAGGAAAAACAAAGUGAUUGUAAUUGCUAACUUGUCUUUGGGUGUAAUUAAUGAGUCACUACACUUGCAGCAUGUAUUUGCAUCAUUUAUCUUAUUAAUUCCCCCACCCAGUUAUAAAAUGUGGCAUUAACAGUGCAAGAGAUUUAGAAACCGAGCAAUCAUUAACCACACAACUUGCUAAUAAUGGUUGGAGAGGAGGUGCAAAUUCCAGAAGCAGGAGUAAUUCUUUAAAAGAGGGAAUUUGCUCGUGCACUGAUAUUGUGUUCUUACAUCCUACACUGUUUAUCAAGAAAUUGGAUACCAUAGAUUUUGGCCAUCAUGGGGACUCCUCAUUAAAUAGCGACAAGUUUAACGGGAACAGAUAGUUUUCUACUCCGAGAUACUCGGGCAGUGAAGAGAAGCUCAAAAUUGGAUAUUUUAAAAUAUCUAAUUUCUUUGGCUGGUGCAACCUAAUGGUGAUAGACAGAUAACGGACCCCAUUUCCGGGAAGCUCGGGAGUGGACAUUUGCCGGGUUUGGGAAAUUUACAGAUUUUGGGUCAUAGGCCUAGCAUGUACUUAUAAUACGUUAAAUAAAGUAUGGAAAACGAAGAAUAAAAGAGUUUUAUCCAAAUUGCUGCCCAAGGCACCAGCUUCGAAUGUAGCUGGAUUCUGAGAUGCCGGGUAUGGGGUCCGGUACCUGUAUUUCUGUGUCAAUUUGUUGUAUGGAUGUCAAGAGUUUGGUGUACUUGAGAUUCACAUGGCCUCAGUGUAUUUCUGCCCAUUAUGUUUUGUUUGUGCACUUUUGGACUUUGGUAACUGAUCUGUUAAGCAGCCUUUUGUGACUGCAGAGAUUCCAUCUCAGGAGAAAGAAGGUAAAACAAUAGAACAUAUACAAUGAUUAAAUCUGUGUAACAAGGCAAUACCUGUAGAUUUGAAGUAAGUAGAAAAAAUAUUUUCAAAACCUAUUAUAUGCAACAAUAUUAAAGAGAUAUUGGCAUCUC